UCAAUAAGCGUCCCGAGGCCAAGCCCUAGCCGAGACUUCUAAAUCGUGGUUUUAGCAACCCGUAUUGUAGGUGCGGCUGUGCAACGAUUGACCAAGACUUGGGUCCAACGAUGACGAAGCGGAUUCCGAACUUGGAAGCCAUAUUGCAAAUGUUACCAAUUCUGCUAUAUCAGCUCCCUGGAUUUCGCCCUCAUGAGGGCUGUGACAGGCUCCAAUAUCUGCCUCGUCAGACUCUGCCAUCCAAUGCCUGGCUUUCUCGUCAUCCUCUCACAAUAGGCAAAAUUGAAGCAUAACAAACCCCUUUCUCCAACCUUCUGGCACACUCACUUGAUCUCUACCCUCACCGACAUA